AUGGAUCAUAUUGAUAUCAUACUUGGAGCUGAUGUGCAUACUCAAAUAGUCGAAGGUUUGUUCAUGCGUGAGUAUAUCAAUCCUAAUCACAUGGUGAAGUUAAAACUCGAUGAGACCAAUGAUUGUUGGUUCUUACCCCACCAUGGAGUAAUUCAACUUGCAAGUACAACUACGAAACUCCGUACCGUGUUUAAUAGUUCAGCUAAAUUCAAAGCGGGCAUCUCUCCGAAUGAUUUACUCUAUGUUGGGCCCAAUUUGUUGUGUAAUCUUUUUGAUCUUAUCACUUCUUGGAGAUAUUACAAUUUAGAACCGGUUUUAGCUUAUCAAUUGAAAACCACGACUUAUGGCCUAGCGUGUUCUCCGUAUCUAGUUUGUAGAGUGAUCAAGCAGUUGGCUAGAGCUCAUAGAUUAAGUGACGCAGUUGAGAAACGAGAUCAGCUCUUAAAGGUUAUGUCAUUGGGUGGUUUUUCCCUUAGGAAGUGGUCUUCGAAUGAUCCAGACGUUUUGGCUGGUUUGCCCAGUACACUUUUAAAAUCUUCGCCCAUUAUUCCAUUGAAUGAAGGUGAUUCUUCGGUAGAAGUGCUCGGCAUUGUCUGGUAUCCUAAAGAAGAUGUUUUUAGUUUUCAAGUUAAAUUUCCUUUAGUACCGACAUCAUGGACCAAAAGAGCUGUACUCUCCCAUAUAGCUAGAUUAUACGACCCACUUGGUUGGUUAGGACCUGUCGUUAUUUUUGCUAAAAUUUUAAUGCAAUCUCUGUGGCUUCUUAAAUUAGAAUGGGAUUCGUUGAUACCAGAGAAUUUAUUGUCAGACUGGCUUCGUUGGUUUCAAGAAAUCCAAUUAUUGAAUCAAAUUAUAAUUCCUCUUUGGACUCAAUUUUCACCAGUUGUUCAAGCUAUAGAGCUGCAUGGUUAUGCUGAUGCUUCUAAACUAGCCUAUGCAGCUGUUUUAUAUCUGCGUGUUGUUGCUAAUCAAGAAGUUUAUGUUUCACUUUUAUCGGCUAAAACGAAAGUAGCCCCUCUUAAAAUAUUAAGCGUUCCGAAGCUCGAAGUUUGUGCUGCCCAAUUGUUAUCAAAUUCUCAGCCGUCUCGUUGGCCUACUUUCGUAGCUAAUUGUUGCAGUAAUAUCAUGCAGUUAGUUCCUACAGCUACGUGGCACCAUGUUUCAGGUAAGAGCAAUCCUGCUGACAUAGCCUCUAGAGGCGUUUGUCCUGCUCAGUUACUGGAGCAUUCGUUGUGA